AUGUCGGGCGGCAUGCGAUCACCCCCCGACGUAGUGAAGAGUCCCGCAGCCGACCCAGAGCGGCCCCCCCAGCAACAAGCCAACCCCGGCACGGCCCUAGAAGGGAAGGAGGCGCACAUUACUCUCGACAAAGCCAGUUUCAUUUCCGUCCAAUGGUGCCUGAACAUUUGGCUUUCUGUCACCAUUGAAAUGGUGAACGGGGACCAGACCACAGGACCAAAGCGGCAGGAGGGGGAGGAGGCAGCGGUGGCGGCUGCAAGGAGAACUCAGACACAUGUCAAUAAUGCCAGGGUGCCUUCAGAAUCUGAUAGCAGUAGUCUAUUAGAAGGGAAUGAGAAGCUGACUGAGAUAGUUGCAUCCACCCAGACUACAGAAUCUCAUGAUAAAAGUGAUGUCCAGCCAAGUGCAAGGAUUAGAUCUGCUGCUUCAGAGCUCAGUGACAAACAUAAUCUUGCUACUUCGUUAUCAGAAACACUCCUUGUUUCGGAAAGUCAGAGGAUGAAAACGGGUAACGCUUGUCAUGGAGAAAUAAAUCAGAAUGUCUUUGAAAAAGAGACCACCAGAGAUGAUGCCACAGAUCUACCUCAGAGAAAGAAGACCCAGGAUCAAAGGUCUCCAACAGGAAGCAAGCAUAGUCAACUACAGAGACAGCAGGCUCUGUAUUCAGAGAAGCUGUGGAACAGCAGAUCUGUGGACACCAAGCUAAAAAAGUGUGAGAGCAGUGACUCGGGUUAUCUGUCACGCUCUGAUAGUGUGGAACAUCAAACACCCUCGCCUGGCUUUCUGCACAGUCUUUGUGAACAUAGCACAGAGACAGAAGAUGAUGUAGCUGUCAUCAAUAAAUGCAUGACCUACACUUUCUCAAAAGAGAAUUCAAGAAGAUUGGCAGAAUUAAGAGAAACAUUGUGUUCAGUUGGUGAUUGUGAACAUUACAGCAUGGCAAGUGAGACAUCAUUUGCUGGACAUCAAUGCAGAAACUUGCAUGUUUCCAAACACAACCAGAGUGACAAUAUUACUCAUUUCUUUCAUUUACAGAAGUACAUUUUAAGUACUGGUGCUCAGGAAGCCUCCAAAAACAUCCCAGAACUAGAAAAGAAAAAAGAAAAGCUUUACAAAAGGCGAGAAAAGAGAAACUUAAAAAGGAUAAAGGUGAAGGUCAGCCCCAAGCGACAUGAAGAUCAUCACGCACAAAGACACUGUCUUCUCAAAAGCCAUAAGUCAAGCAAGCAAUGCUGGGCCUUGAGAACUUCCAGAAAGCAUUCCCACAUCAACACUUCUGACAUUUGGGAGCAUUGUGGAAAAUGCCAUUGUUUUCCAACAACUUCACUAGGAAAUGACAAAAAUCUGCAACAGCCACAUUACAGCACAACAGAUAAAGCAGCUUUCCAUUUGGAAGUGGAUGAGAUGAAACAAGGAACACCUGGACUGAACAAAUGCUCAAGCGAUAGCUUAUUUCUUCAACAAAUUUCUACAAUUCGAGAAGUACCUACAUACUCCUGUCCACUGUCUAAUAACAUAUCAGCAGAAAAACCCAGCAGUCUAGAUAGUUGCUCCUUGGGAGUCUUUCCAAAAGAACAAUGUCCAGAUGUGGAUUCUGAGUCCAACGGAUCUUCCACUGAAUCUUAUCAUUUGGAAUUCAAAGAUACAAAGAGCCACUUAUGUAACUUUGUUGCAUCUCAGAUUACUAGACCUAUUUUUGUUCAUUCAAAAAGAGGUUUUAAUAACUUAGAAUCAAAGGAUAAAAAUGUUAUAAUUCUAGAACCUCCCAUUCCUAUUGCAGAAAGAACAGAACAAUUCAUGGAGAGAGACUUGUAUCCUUUUUUAAAAGAGCAACAUGCUCCCACACGCCAAAGACUAUAUCCUGUUUCGCUCACAUCAAGACUAUGUACUGAGAGGUCAGUUUCAACUAAACCUUCGCCAGGAACUCUACCUAAACAAAAGCAAAGCUUGGAAGCAAUGAAUAAGCCAACUCAUUUGGAAUAUGAUGAUGUAAGCAGCAGUGAUGAUGAAGAGAAGUUGGUUAUAGAAAUCUAAGGAAUAAGUUACUUAUUAUUUAAACCAGAGCUCAGUUUGAAGAGGAAGCCAUCAAACUUUCUCUUGUAUCUUAAAAAGUAAAAAAAAAACCUAUUCCCAUGCAUAUAUUUGCCAAGUAUGGCUUCCUUACAUGCGCUUUGCUUUACAUGAGCAAUUAGUUGCACAUUUAAAUGCCAACAAUAAGCUCAGUACAUCAUCAUUUCUCUCUUCAUCGAAUUCUCUAUAAAUUCAGACAGUAAAUCAGACAUGAAUGCCUCCUUUGAGAAGUAGAAAGUUGGCCCUGAAGAUAGGAAGGCAACUUCUUUUCUCAGCUGCUCUGUGUUGCUUAUUUAAUCUAACUUUUGCUUUCUACAAUUUUGCAUGAAAUCAGUGUCCUUAAAGCACUUUACAUCAUUUUUUUCUCUUUGGCAAACAACGAAAGCAUGCACUGAUUUGUUUUGUGCCUUUUCAGUAGAGAUCUGUACAUACUUUCUUAUCUCUUUGAUUAAUGUUACCUUUCCUAUAAUAGGAAGAAAUUCUCUGAUACUGUUACUCAGGUCAGUUGGGGAAAAUAUUUAUUAUGCCAAAUGAAAAUGUGUAUGAGCUUUGUCACAAAGAACUGAAAGCAUAAAUAAGGCACACCUUUUCUUUCGUUCCUUUACACGUGUCAAAUCUGUGCACUUAGAGUGGCAGUUCAAAUAUUUGUCCAACUGGUUAUCAAGCACUUUCCUAAACACACUUCUAUUGCAUUAGAAUACUGUUGUGAAGCAAUGGUCAUUUGGACCAUUGAGUUUAUAUUUAAUCUUUCAUAUAUCUUAACAAAUUGUCCUACAAGCUAUUAAAACUUUCACGUAAAAUUCAUAGGUGCCUUUCUUUGAGCAGGAGAUAGAUUGAGCAUGAUAAUUUGUAAGUUGUUUCUGAUUAUGCUGGCCAAGUAAGGCAAUAGAGAGAAAAAAUACAUUUCUGCAAAAUUAAAGGAGAAAAAGAUGAGUAGUCUGCUAAAUGUAUUAAUACUGAAAAUGACAGGUUUAAUCAUUCAAAUUACUAAAUUGCCACUGUAUUUUUUUCUUUAAAUUGGAGAUCAUAUGACCAAUUAUAUAGAAUAGAAUAAUCUGGAAGGGACCUUGGAGGUCUUCUAGUCCAGCCCUCCGCUCAAGCAGAACCUAUACCAUCUC